UCCUUCCUGUGUUGAUCUCCGUCCUCAGUAAAGGCUCCAAGAGGCCAUUAUCCUGCUACCAUUUUCUUUUGUAAUAUACUUUGACGAAAAAACGUUGCAAUAUAACAUAUUUUGUCCGUGGAAGUCGCUUAAAGGAUUAUUGCAUACGUGCGCAUUUACAGAGCACGGGGGAAGUGCAUCUUGGCCCGAAAAUCCUUCGGAUAAUUUCGGCUUGAUUCGUGUUUUGAAAUGGACUCGACUGAAACGGCGUCGAAAGCGCUCGAGCUGGGCGACGCGUCGGAGCGCGCGUCUGCGGUUGUAGUUUCGGAUACCGAAUCGGAGCCCGAAGUUGCCACGAUGACUGUGAUGGAAGAAGCGGCAGACAUCGACAUAGCCGAAUCACUGCCGAACCCGGACGAUCCCGAAACCGCGUUUGCUGAGGUCACUGCAGUCACUGUAAGAGAUGUUCAAGGCACAGAGGACACUGUAUUUACAUCCACAGUCGCAACUGCAGCUUCCAUCCCUGAACACGUGCUGACAGGCCGAACCACACUUCAGAUCGGAGACAGUCUCAGUACCCAGAAGGCCACGCUGAUCGUCGUUCACACGGACGGAAGCAUCAUGGACACCACAGGGCUGAAGGGUACCACAACACCAAUGACACCCGGUCCUCAGACCCCGAACACCCCUCUGACAUCUGGACAUGAUAAGGACAUCUCGAAAUACAACUGGGAUCCAUCAGUAUACGACAAUGAGCUUCCCGUACGUUGCAGGAACACAAGUGGGAUUCUGUACAAAAACAGGCUGGGCUCAGGUGGCAAAGGGCGCUGUAUCAAACACAACAACAACUGGUUUACACCGACAGAGUUUGAGGGCAUGUCGGGUAGAGCGAGCAGCAAAGACUGGAAGAGGAGCAUCCGCUACGCUGGGCGACCUCUGCAGUGUCUUAUUCAGGAGCGCAUUUUGAACCCGCAUGCGGCGUCUUGCACGUGUGCAGCCUGCUGCGAUGAUCUCUCCACAUCUCCCAAGGAUGGACCUUUUCCAGGAGAUAAUACGGGUCCCGUCAGACUGUUUGUCCCUUACAAAAGAAGAAAGAAAGACAAUGAACGGUCAACUUCUCCUGAGAAGAGAGACAUUCAGACACCAAAGAACAUCACCCUGACUCCAGGAGCAACAUUUACAGUGAGUCCAUCCGGACAGAUCACCACAUCAGGCACGCUGACGUUUGACCGAACGGCUUCAGGUGAAACGACAGCUAUCAUUUCCGACAGCCCGGCGCCUGCUGACGUUUUCACCAACACAACUGUGUUGACUACUCUCCCUGCACUGGCCGUGGUGCCCCAGCAGGCAGUCGUGCAGUCUAAACCCCCACCACAAGGGGCGCUGGUGAACGGAUUAGAGACAGGUGAGCAGCGUACGUGGCUUUACCUGGAGGAGAUGGCCGAAACGCUGCUUAAUAACGUCGAGCAACUUAAAGUCCUGAUCGCACAAGCUAAACAUGCUAGUCAAGGUGGAUCGCACGCCAUCAUCAGUCCAGAGAAAACCAACGGCGCCCAGAAAGAGGCUUAUCAGACUCAGCUGUCAAUCAGCGAUGAUGACAAAAUCACCGAAAUUAUCAUCAAGCACACAUGUGUGAACUGCGGUCGAGAGGCUUUUAGUGAAUGCACGGGAUGUCAUAAAGUUCAUUACUGUUCUGGCUUCUGUCAGCGGAAGGACUGGAAGGAGCAUCAGCUGAGCUGCUGUCAGCCGAGCGCAGCCAUCAACAUUCAGGAAGAGAUUCAGAUUUCCAGCGUAAAGGAAGAGAAAGGAAAGGUCUAAAGUUCUCAUUCAUACCACAGGACCGCCGUCCUUGCACUGUAUGACGUAUCCAUGGAUUUUGGUUAAAGCCUUGUUGUAGCAGCUUCCUCGCUCACACACUUAUUUUGUCAUCCCUGUGAUCGAUGUUUUUGUUUCUUGCUAUGGAUUCUGUCAGUGAAAGUUACAAAAUAUCUGUUGUAAUUUGUUUAACCUCAGGUCAUCUUUCUUCUUAAAGAAUCUCUCAGUUGUUGUUUUAUGUACAAUAAAAGCAACUUAUGUUGGACUUAAGAAAUCAAGUUUGGAACUACAGAACAGUCAAUAAUGACAGAAUUAAAUAUAUAUAUAUUUUUUAAUAUUUGGUAUUCAUUUUAAUUAUAAAGUGUUAUCAAACUCAGUGUAAUGAAGGAUGGCAAUGUUCAAGUGUUUGCAAUACAA